AUGGCCGCCUUGGUCGACGAGUGGCAGCUGGGCAAGCUCACUCUGACCGAGACGGGCCCUGCGGUGCGCAGCCUGUUCCAUCGCUACAACUGGCCCGGCAGUGCUGCAACCGCCAUCCCGACUGCCUAUCGUCAGCUUUCGGCCACCAAGGCGCGCAUCGAGACGCUGAGCGUGGUGGUCCGCUCCUGCGCGAAGGCCAAGGACCUGCCCGAUGCUAGCUUUGCCGGCCAGCAGGAGACGUACUUGAACAUCUCUGGUGAGGACACCCUCUUGGAUGCCUGUCGAGGCUGCUACGCCUCCCUCAUCACGGACCGAGCCAUCAAUGUCCCGUGA